GGUUCAGCAAGAUAUUAAACCAAGCAGGAAGCAGAGCAUAUCCAGAGUAGACUCAGACUGGCGGCCUUCAUUCAUGGAUCCUGUGUUAUAGUUUUCCUCCCAAACCAUCCGCGGACCCCGCCCACUACGGAAGCACUGGAGGCUGUCAGACACGUGAUUGAUUCAGUAUGGAGGAGCUGCUGUCUGAAUGAGUUGAUGUUUUUACACCGACGGCUCCAGUAUCUCCGCGGAUGCUUCAGGAGAGCAGCGGGGUGGAAGCGCCGCGCAGUCCGCCUCCAGUCUGGCACUCCUGAGAAUUCUCCUCUGCUCUGGAUCGGGUAGGAAAUGACGAUCGCUACAUCCACUGAGGAGGUGCAUCGAACAAGCCUGUGAAACAAUGAACUCUCACAGUCGCCAAGUGGAUGUGAGCACAGCGGCGCUCCCCUCGCAGGUUCCCUCUGCCGCCUCUGCCAUCCUUCCCAUGGACCUCCGCAUUGUGGACCACCCUCACCACCACCACCAGCAGCCUCCCUUCGGCCUGGUGUCCCAACCCCAUCCCACGCCAAACCCCUCCACAGCCUGUCCUGCAUCGUCCGAGCUGGGCAAUGGGCCGGUCGCCGGCCGUCAGGAUCAGCACCUGCAACAUGAACUGGUGGCUCUGAAACACAAGCAGGAGCUCCAGAGGCAGCUACUGAUUGCUGAGUUUCAUAGGCAACAUGAGCAACUGUCGCGACAACAUGAGGCCCAACUCCAGGAGCAUAUUAAGCAUCAACAGGACCUGUUGGCCCUCAAGCAUCAACAAGAGCUGCUGGAGCAUCACAGGAAGAUGGAGCAGCAGCGUCAUGAGCAACAGCUGGAGAAGCAGCAGCGGGAACAGAAACUCCAGCAGCUGAAAAACAAGGAAAGGGGACAAGAAAGUGCUGUGGCCAGCACCGAGGUAAAGAUGCGACUUCAGGAGUUUGUCCUGAACAAGAAGAAAGCCCUGGCUCAGCGAAACCUAAACCACUGUCUGCCCAGUGACCCUCGCUACUGGUAUGGCCGAGUCAGGAAACCGAAGCUUCACUUAAGGAAAACUCAGCAUAGCUCUUUGGACCAGAGCUCACCCCCUCAAGCGGCGUUGUCGGCGUACACGCAUCCAGUGCUGGGAGCGUUCGACUCAAAGGACGACUUUCCUCUGAGGAAAACAGCAUCUGAGCCCAACCUGAAGCGCCGUUCAUGGCUAAAGCAGAAAGUGACGGAGCGUCGAAGCAGCCCUCUGCUCCGCAGGAAAGACGGGCCGGUCACUACUGCCAAGAAGAGAUCGCUCGACAUAGCUGACUCUGCAUGCAACAGUGCGCCAGGCUCCGGCCCCAGUUCCCCCAACAACAGCUCCAGUAACAUCCCCAGUGAAAACGGGAUCCCGAUCUCUACCAGCCCAGGAGAGGCCUCUCUGAUUCAGAGGCUGGCUACCAGGGAGGGCUCACUCAGCCAGCUGUCUCUCUACACGUCACCUUCUCUGCCCAACAUCACUUUAGGACUGCCUGCCUCUGGCCCUGCAAACUCUGUGGUAUCGGGACACCAAGAUGGCGAGAGUCAUCUGGCGCUGCCAGCGUUGCAGCCGGGCAUUCCACUGGCCCCGGCUUUUCUGCCCACCUCCCACCUGCCGUCCUACUUGGCCUCGUCGGCGUUGGACAGGGACGGGCCUGGAGGGGGCGYAGCUGGUCACAACCCCCUCCUUCAACACAUGGUGCUAAUGGAGCAGAGCCACAGCUCAAUGGUCGGUCUGGGUGGCCUGCCUCUCCCGUCUCCCACCGUCUCCAAGCUGGUGCGGGGCCACCGUCCCCUGGGAAGGACCCAGUCGGCCCCUCUGCCUCAGCAGCCGUGCGGACAGGCGCAGGCCCUGCAGCAGCUGGUGGUCCAGCAGCAGCAUCAGCAGUUCCUGGAAAAGCACAAGCAACUGUUCCAACAGCAGCAGCAACAGCAGCACAUCAUCAAUAAGAUCAUGUCCAAGCCUGGCGAUCCGGUGUCAGCUGCCAGCUCUGGAGUCUCUGUGCCGGGUAGGCAGCACCAGAGUCACCCAGAGGAGACGGAAGAGGAGCUCAGGGAGCACCAGGGACUCACCUCAUCCUCGUCGUCAUCAUCCACUUCRUCUGGGCCUGAAACGGGGUUGAUACGGGGUCUGGUCAUCAAGCAGGAACCACCAGACCUCCAAGAGCAAGAAGAGAGGGAACAACGGGACCAGAGAGAGAGACAGGCUGAGCAGGACUUCAUGUUCAAACAGCAGGCGAUGCUGUUGGAGCAGCAGCGGAUCCACCAGCUGCGCAGCUACCGAGCCUCCAUGGAAGCGGCCGGGUUACCGGUCAGCAUCACUGCUCACCGCCCUCUGUCCCGGACGCAGUCAUCCCCAGCCUCUGCUUCCUUCCCCAUUGUCGUCCCGGAGCCUCCAGUGAAGCACCGAUUCACCACAGGUCUAGUGUAUGACUCCYUGAUGCAGAAACAUCAGUGUAUCUGCGGCAACGCCACCAUUCAUCCCGAACAUGCCGGCCGUAUUCAGAGCAUCUGGUCCCGGCUGCAGGAAACAGGYCUGAGGGCUCAGUGUGAGUGUAUCCGUGGAAGGAAGGCRUCACAGGAGGAGCUGCAGACGGUCCACUCUGAGCCCCAUGUCCAGCUGUAUGGAACCAACCCGCUGAGACAGAAACUAGACUGUAAGACAUGCAUCCUCACCAGUGCAUCCAAACUGGUGAGGUUGCACCAGUUUGGAUGGUGCAUCCUCGCCAGGUUUWACCYAAACCUGMAGGUGGACAGCGACACAAUCUGGAAUGAGAUCCAUUCGUCUACGGCUGCUCGACUGGCCGUCGGCUCAGUGGUGGAGCUGGUUUUCAAAGUAGCAACAGGAGAGCUGAAGAACGGUUUUGCUGUAGUUCGGCCUCCCGGACACCACGCUGAGGAGAGCACACCAAUGGGCUUCUGUUAUUUCAACUCUGUCGCCAUUGCAGCCAAGCUCCUGCAGCAGAGGCUUAAUGUCAGCAAAAUCCUCAUAGUUGACUGGGAUGUUCACCAUGGCAACGGGACCCAGCAGGCCUUCUACGCAGACCCCAGUGUUCUGUACCUCUCUCUACAUCGCUAUGACGACGGGAACUUCUUCCCYGGCAGCGGCGCUCCAGAUGAGGUGGGCAGCGGUGCAGGUGUGGGCUUCAACGUGAACAUGGCAUUUACCGGGGGCCUCGAACCUCCCAUGGGGGACGCAGAGUAUCUGGCUGCCUUCAGAACGGUGGUGAUGCCCAUCGCCAACGAGUUCGCUCCAGAUGUGGUUCURGUGUCCUCUGGCUUCGAUGCCGUCGACGGACAUGCCCCACCGCUGGGAGGAUACAAACUGACAGCCAAAUGCUUCAGCUACCUGACCAGGCAGCUGAUGGGCCUGGCCGGYGGUCGCUUGGUGCUUGCCCUGGAAGGGGGUCACGACCUCACGGCCAUAUGCGAUGCCUCUGAAGCCUGCAUUUCUGCUCUGCUCGGCAUUGAGUUGGACCCCAUUCCUUACGAGGUGCUACAGCAGAAACCAAAUGCUAACGCUGUUCGCUCUAUGGAGAAAGUCAUCGAGGUUCAGAGUAAAUAUUGGCGCUCUCUGCAGCGCUCUGCCUCCACCCUCGGCUGGUCGUUGAAUGAAGCGCUGCAGCGUGACGUGGAGGAAGCUGAAACCGUUUCAGCCAUGGCUUCACUGUCUGUCGCCAACAAGCACAUCGGAAAAAGGGCUGAAGAGGAGCCGAUGGAAGAGGAAGCUCCCAUGUAAAAGAAACAAACAUGGUUAUCCUUCGACCACUAAGACCGGAGUUCAGCGCUGAAUCGGUCCUCAUCCUGGAUCCCUCGUAGAUUCCUUUGUCUCACCGUCGUUGGAAACGAUCAGACCUUUUUCUCUCUGGGACGAAACCAGGAACUGACAAAAGUGGCUCUUGCAGAGGAACCAGACGGCGGAAGAUGAGCUUCCACCACCAGUUAGUUGCACACAGGGCRGCAGCAUUAACCGUGUUGGACACAAGAGCCAGAUAUUCAACAGCGACAGCCUCCAGUGCUUUUUAAAAACACUAAACUUGUAYAUUUUGACUGCCAGUCUGAACCGUACCAGACCUACAGCAGUCGUCUACUUCUCAUGUUUAUUUGUUUUUGUUUUUUUUGUGAUUUCUCAAAACCACCUUAGCUGUUGUAAAUGUGACUCUGCACUAAAGGAUGGACUCCUGCUUUUUCAAGGUAUCGGUGUGUUGAAUAUCCUGCAUUUUUCCGAGGUAAAGUUACAGAAGAUUCCAGGAUUCAGAGGGUAUCAGAUGUUUGUGCCUUUUUUUUUUUUUCGUUUUGUUUUGUUUUUUAAUCAGUGGAUUUUCUGUUGAGCUCCUCAUAAAGAGCUUUGCCUUACGAAUGGAUUUUGGAUCAAGGAAUCUUCUCCGAAGUUUCUGUCCUGGCAAGACAUGAGGUGCCUGCAUGUUUCCGGCACAUAGACUCCAGGACGUUGGCAUGAUGACCUUUAUUACUCUACUGUCUGUCCCUCCGUUUCUGCUUUUUUCUCUCCCUUUGUUACAUUCGAAGAUAGUCCUCACCCAGAAGUAAGGGAUGAGUGUAAGAAAACUUAAAAGGAGAGACUGAAAUGUCUUUUUUUUUUUUUUUUUUUUUUGGACCAUAAAAUCUAAAAUCUUCUUUAUUAGACAAUACUGAAGCCAAAAUUGUGUAGCUUCUGCUGUUUCCCACACGCAGACCGGCAGUGACAGUUUCUACGGUAGAAUUUGUGUCACUUUUUAAAGAUUAUCGAGGAGUGUAAUUACUCUCGACUGGGCCAAUUUGUUUUUACCGUCCCACCUGGGAUUUUCAGAGGGCUGAUCUGGAGCCGCCGUUCCUCCUGCAGCUGCUUUAACAUCUUUAGGUCCUUGUUAGAAGCACAUCUGCUCUCCAAAUGUCAGGUGCCGUGUAGCAGGUUGGUGAACAUCUCAGUCUGUUCAUAUACACUGAAACACAAGUUUUUCAUCAUCAAGAUGAAGCAGUGCACACCAGUUGUGACUGCUCAUUAUUAAGCCUGUUUAAAUAUUAAUUGGUUUAGAUUUURUGUUUCAUUUUUUCACACCUCUAUAAAGCRACACCAUGUGGUAAAACGAUGUUACAAACAGGUAAACUGGGAUUCAUGGCUUUAGUUGCUUCAAUAUUUUCUCAAAUGGUAAGAAGCUGUAGACUGAACACCACUUUAAGGCCAAAAUGUUUUCUUGUUUAAAAGUGAGGGGGGGGGGGGAAGUUCUCCUUCACUUAAUCUGCUGGUUGCAAUCUGCAGAUAGAGAAUAAAAUCGACCACUACAGCAGAAACGUUUGAAAUCCGGGAUUAUGUUUAGUUUUAGGAUCAUAAAUAUGGAAAUAUUUUUAAAUGACUUUACACCUUCUAAUUUCAAACACCAUGCUUGGUUCAACUUCUCUGUAUCAGUUUUUAAUCAUCCAUCUUUUUUUUUUCUCCUAUCUUUUGGAAAACCUACCUUCUGUCAUUUUUUAGUUUUUCUAACUCUGGUUGAUCAGCUGAGGAUUCCUGCCACAAACAUCAACAAUCUCACUGGUUUUGUUGCUCUUCUGUGACCUUUGAUGACUUUUUGUGCUCAUUAUUCACAGUUUCUCUCUGUUACUUUGUAAAGCUGACAUACUUCACAACAGGUGAAGGUUCAAACUGUUUUGUAGUGGACGUUGUAUGAAAACGUUUAUGGGUUUUUUGGGGGGGUGGGAACGUCGGGAUACAAAUGUUUCUACUUUGUAAAAUGAUGGAUAAUUGUGUAUUUACUGUCUGUUUAUAGUAGAUUUAUAUAUAAAAGAAAGUAUAUUAUAUAUCUAUACAUACUGAACACUUUGAUCUUGUUUAAAAAAACAACACUGAUGGUUUCUAUCGGUCGUAUGUGCAGCCGACCCGUUUUAACGUUGUUACUGAAGCACCUUGGCUGUCCUUGGUCACUGUUGACGUUUCUAGCAGCGUUUUCUGUCGGUUUUUCUCGUCUUUCACAAGUGAUGAUUUAGCGCUUUUAUUUAUCUGAUGGGUACCACAAACACUGUUACAGUAUGCCUCACAUAUUCAUGCACAUGUCUGUACCAUUCCAUGUUUCUGAUGCUGUAUGUUUGGCUGUAGUUGUAGGAUUUCAAUUUACCAUGCUGAAAUUAUCAGAAUUUAGAUUUUUUUUUUUUGGCCCGUAUUUUUCCUCUUGUUUUUCUAAGCAUUAGUUUUUUUUUUAUACGUAUGAGCACUCAGUCUUACCUGCAGGAGACUGUGCUCAGAUUUUAACUUUUAUGUUUGUAAAAUGAAGUCAGUCUAAAAAGUGGAAACAGCUCUUAUAGCGCCAGCACUUUGGUGAGCCUUUUAAAAACAUAUUCCAACUUUAAUAUGAUGUACAAUCUGAAAAUAUAAGAUAAAAUAAUAUAUAUUGGGGGGGAAAUUACCUGUAGAAAUGAGCUCACCUAUAAAUUAGAUCAUUCCAAUUUAUUCCUCUUCUGCACAAACCAAAUUUUCCUUAUUUUAGUUUGUGUUUGAAAGUAAAAUCCCUCUUCAGCUGUUGAGUUGACACCUGAACAUUUUGGUAUUUAAAGUCGUUCAUUCCUUCAUCCACUUUGAUAAAAGCCUCAGUUUUAUGUGAGGAAUAGUUAUCCCACAUCAUGAUGCUGCCGCCAUGUCUCAUUGAAGAUAUGGUGUUAUUUUGGUGAUUAUAUUUUUGUGCCAAACACAUUGCAGCUCAUGUUUGCCACUAGAUUCAGAGGUUUUAAUCAGGUUUGGAUGUUUUAUUUAAGAUAAAAUGAAUUCAUGGAAAUUCCCUCAGCUUCUACAAUGACACUGUUGGUGUUUGUGAGCAGUUUUACUUCUGCAUUUUAAAUAUAUAUUCAAAAUGCAGUGAAUUUUUCUUUUUUUUGCUCUGCUCCUGACUGAUACCUUUGUAAAAGAAUUAGGCCAUUUUGAUUGCAGAACAUUUAAGCAACUCAGAAAUAUCUCACCAAGACAUCUGAGCUUUAUUUCAAAUUCWUCAGAUUAUUUAUAAUUGUUGGGAACUCAAGAACACAGAAUCCUGAAAGUAAAUUAAUAAGAGGUUCGGAAAGUAUUAGAUAUGCACAUUAAUGUAACUAUGUUGUUUUCACCCUGAUAGAUUUGUUGGUUUGUCUACAGUGAAACUGAUCAGGACAUAUCGCAAAUUAAAGGUAGACAAAUGUUGAAAAUGAUAAUUGCUUCAUUUUGUUGGGAUACAAAAACCUAAUUGACACUUUUUAGAGCCACUAGUUAGUUUGUUUUUUUUUUUGAUGGCACAAAUCCACUUUCUUGUUGACUUAGCUGUAGACUCAUCUGUAUGGUUGGAAUCUUUUUAUCACUUAAACUGAGGUACUUGAGAGAGCCGUCUGCUGUAGGACAGACACUAACKGCUCAUAAACUGUCCACAGAACCCCAAUGACAAAACUCUGAACUGACCCUUUAAGGUUUAUAGUGUCAUCCUGAAGACUGAAGGGUAAAUUUGUCCUCCUGUGUGAUUCAGUGAUUCUUUGUAAUAAGUUUUCUUUUCUUACCAGAAUACUUUUUAAAUGACUUAUGCUGAUUUUGCAGGCAUUGAUUUCCUUUGGUUGGAUUUAUAGCUCUCCGGUCUGAAAGACCAAAGCAGAAUAUUUUUUGUCUUAACUAGCAAAAACCAAAAAAAUUAACUGUCAGAUAUAAUUUUUUACAAACGUAUUACCUUGGGAUAAUAUCUGCUGAUUAGCAACAUUUCAGCACAACUUCUCUAUUUUUUAUUUUUUUGCUGAAUGUAUUUGAUCUCCAGGGCCUUGAAUCAUGUCUGAUUCAGAAAAUUAAAAGCUACACAUAUAGUUAAAUGACAGUUUAAAUGUAAAUAGCKUUUUAUAAACUAGAAGCGGAUCUGAGAGGACCUUUGCAGCAGGACGUUGGCUGACAUCAGUUUUUAUACGUCUCUUUACAUUCCCGUUUUCUAAUCAAAACACACACUGUUGUGAGCUCUUGGGUAGCUCUGGGCCUGCUUAUCGAGUGCAUAUCGAAUGUAUACAGAGGUGGCCGAGGUCGGGCUGAGGUGAAUGUGACCUCAACGCUGGAUCCCAGGCCGUCUCUGCACGCGUUGACUCACUGGAGGAGAACCUUCCCAGAACUCCCGUGGCUUUCCUGCUGCUUUAUGUUUUGGUUUCUCGAACGCAGCCAAAACUAGCGCCGUCUGUCUUCACAGUUAGUCUUAAAAACAAUGUCCAGUUACCGAAAAGAGAAGGAGAAAAAAAACACAUUCCUUUUUUAUUAGAGUGACCAUUUAUCCAGAGGCUGACCUGCUUUUAUUUUGACUCUAGCAGCUCAGAGACCUGAGAGUUCAUUCGCUUGGUCUCACCGAGCUUCACUCCAUUCUUCUUUUCUCUCUGCAUGAUGUUUGUCUGCAUGUCCGUCCGUCCGUCCCGGGUCACAUACCAGCACUGAAGGACAUUAGUACUUUCACUGUAUCCAAACUGUCUGAUCGCUUUUACUUCACGUUCAGGUGGACUUUGGGUGCUUUUUACCUGUAGCAUAUGGAGUCAUCACACCUGGAGUUGUAGUCAGUAUCUAACCUUAGAUUUGAUUGUAUUUAUGUAGAAGCUGUUCCGGUGGGGCGCUUUGUAAACCGCAGCAACAGAAGGAGGCUUUGUUAUAAAUCUGGGUCAGAUGUGACAUUCAAAGGACAUUUUUAUCCUUUUUAGUGCACUUUGGUGAUGAUUAGGGUCUUUGUCACAUCUGGACUUUUUUAAAGCUCCUUSUUACCGUCGUCCAUUCCACUAAGAAACAAAACAAAAAUCCAGUUUUCUGUACAUGACCACUGUGCUUCAAAAACAAGCUGUUCCAGGUUUACAUAUGUAUAAAAUGCAUACCCUUUGUUUUUUUUUAUUAUUAUUAUUAUUGGUUAUGUUUUUGACUUGUUCUGCCGUUGUUACAGAAAUAGUAAUUUUUUUCUGGGAAAACCUUUAAAAAAUUGUCUUUGACAUGUAUAAUAUAAAAGUAUUCUUUUUGGACAAAAAACCAGA